CACUUUCCCUGGGAGCGGUAACAUGACCCUAUCUGAGUGAGGGAUUGAUUUCCACCUCAUUAACUUUCCUCUCAAACUUUCACUCUCCAUCCUCCCUCUCCCGCCCCUUGCCUCCCACCUUUCACUGCCAGUUCUUUCUUUUUCUUUCUUUCUUUCUUUCUUUCUUUCUUUCUUUCUUUCUUUCUUUCUUUCACACUCCCCAGCUCCUCCCACCCCCCUGGGCCCCUCCAAUCACUGCCAGCCCCAUCCUUCUGCGAUAGGGCCCUUGGGAAUGUCAAUCAACUCCCUUUGCCACCCCCUCCUUUUAAAAAAUAAUCCUUUCAUUCAAUUGAACUUGGACAAAGUUUUGUAAGAGGGGAAGAAAAAAAAAGAGGCAUGAAAUAGAUGGGAGACCAGGGCUUUCCAGAUCCUCUUAUCUGAUUGUGGAAACAGCACUUAAGAGCCCUUGCCCCCGCGCCACUGCAGCUGAACCUUGGCAGUUUAGGGCACCAACUUUACCCGGCUCGGCUCGCAGUGUGAGAAAGUUUUGCACACCACUGCUCCGACCGGGCGAAGGGGGGAUCGGGUCAUUUUCAUCUCAGGUUCCACCACAGUCCAGCCAUCGUGGACCCCACCUGCGAACUGUCCCUCUUCCUCUGGACUCAAGGUUUCUCCAGUAUUUGAAGUGCACGGGGGAGAAAGACAGAUAAGUGAGCUCAGGAAGCGAAGGGCUAAUAAACACACUAUGGUGUCCCUGGUGGAGAUAAAGGGCAGGAUCUCAAUCACAAAAAUCCCAUGAUGACUUCCGCCACCAAGGUGUACUACAGCCAGACCACCCAGACCGACAGCCGCCCCCUCAUCGGCUCUGGCCUGCGCAAGCGGCGUGUGAUGACCAAGGAUGGCCGGAGCAAUGUGCGGAUGGAGCACAUCGCUGACAAGCGGUUCCUCUAUCUCAAGGACCUGUGGACCACCUUCAUUGACAUGCAGUGGCGCUACAAGCUGUUGCUCUUCUCCGCCACAUUUGCCGGCACCUGGUUCAUCUUCGGGGUGAUCUGGUACCUGGUGGCCUUGAUGCAUGGGGACCUACUGGAGUUCGACCCCCCAGCCAACCACACCCCAUGUGUCAUGCAGGUACACACACUGACUGGAGCAUUCCUCUUCUCCCUGGAGUCCCAGACCACCAUUGGCUAUGGCUUCCGCUACAUCAGCGAGGAAUGCCCUUUGGCCAUUGUACUGCUCAUCAGCCAGCUGGUUCUCACCACCAUCAUGGAGAUCUUCAUCACCGGCACUUUCCUGGCCAAGAUCGCCCGUCCCAAGAAGAGAGCUGAGACCAUCAAGUUCAGCCAGAAUGCGGUGGUAGCCCAACACAAUGGCAAGACCUGCCUGAUGAUCCGGGUGGCCAACAUGCGUAAGAGCCUGCUGAUUGGCUGCCAGGUGACCGGCAAGCUGCUCAACACCUACCUCACCAAGGAAGGGGAGUGUGUCCGGCUCAACCAGGUCAACGUGGACUUCCACGUGGACACGGCUUCUGACAGCCCGUUCCUCAUCCUACCCCUCACCUUCUACCAUGUGGUGGAUGACUCCAGCCCCUUGCGGGACACGGCCCUGCACAUGGGCGAAGGAGACUUCGAGCUGGUGGUGAUCCUCAGCGGCACGGUGGAGUCGACCAGCGCCACCUGCCAGGUGCGCACCUCCUACCUGCCUGAGGAGAUCCUGUGGGGCUACGAGUUCAGCCCAGUCAUCUCCCUCUCAUCCAGUGGCAAGUACGUGGCCGACUUCAGCCUGUUUGACCAGGUGGUCAAGGUGUCGCCUCUGUGCUGCGUCCACGAGACAGUGCGGUUCGGGGACCCCGAGAAGCUGAAGCUGGAGGAGUCCUUCCGGGAGAAAUCAGAGCGGGAGGGCAGCCCCCUGAGCGUCCGCAUCAGCAACGUCUGAUCCUGCCCACCCCACACUGAGCUCCAAGGAGAAUUGCUUCACCCUUUCUUUUUAGCUGUUUUUUCCCCUGGUCUCUCUCUUUCUUUCUUUCUUUCUUUCUUUCUUUCUUUCUUUCUUUCUUUCCAUGUCUUACAGGGCAACUACAGUGCUCCACUCUUUUUAGGAAUGCACCGGAGGAUGGCAGCUUUAGUUCCCCCGAAAGUGCCACUCCUGUCCUCGCUGGGUCUGGGAGGCCCUGGGCCCAAGGGAGCAGCUGGAAUGCAACUCUUCCAUCCUCCAUGCCAAAGCAUUUUCCAGUCCCUCCUUUUCAGUAGCAUGGUGGUGGCAGCAUGACUGUCUGGGAGCACCAGGGCCCCCUGGGGGACAGCUGGUCACCAGCCAGGAGGACUGCAUCCUCCCGCCACAGAACACAGAUUCUGUAGGGUGUGGGGGGGGUAACUACUCUGCCUUCGAUCUGACCCUGUCCUCACCAUGCAGACUCAAGCCUAAUGCCCAGCUAACCUGCCAGCGAGAGACAGUGCCAGGUGGCCCCAAGAGAAGCUGGCACCACCCUCCCCUGCCCAGGACCUAGGAACAUAGCAAUGGCUACACUGGAUCCAACCAAGGACCCAUCUAACCCAGUAGCCCAUCUCAAACAGUAGCCAGCACCAGCGUCCUCAGAGGCUGAAACUCUGUAGCAAUGGAAUAAGUUGCCCAUGGGGAAGUUUUCCUCCUGAUCCUCCACUGGCCCUGAAGCAGACCGGUGGAUAGCCCCUUCCAAAGCUCUUGAUUGUUUUCUUAGAUCCUUACUCUUCUAACUCUGGAUCUUCUUGUUACACAGAAAAAGGUCCAGUCCUUUUGCAAAUCCUGCUUAGCUUCUGGCCUCUGUGACCCUUGUGGCCAUGAGUUCCACUGGCCCAUUGUGGGAAAAACACAUUUCUGUUUAAAUUUGCUGUGGGGAGCUUUGGGGGGAGGAUUUUGCCAACAGAAACAAUGGAUCUGUGAGACCCUCAAACUGUCUCCAUGGGACUGAAGAGAGGGCAGCAUGAAGCUUUUAAAAGAGAAAUGGUCCCAGUUCAAAACACCUUCUGCCAUCCACAGGCCUUCAUGUGGUCCAUGGUGCUGGUCUAUUUUCCUGGGAUGUUGUGCAUACAGUAUAGGGGCAUGACGGGAGUUUAAUCCCCUUUGCUUGCUUCUCAGCACCAGGGACAGCUGGACCCAGGGCUGGCAGAGCCACACACAGACCUCAGAGCCAGCAAUUAGAGAGACUGCACACUGGGUUUGUGUCCCUGCUGUCAGGCAGCACCAGCAUCCAGUGCUCAUCACCCUGGGUUCCUCUCUCAGACGUCUCUGGGGAUUUUCAUCAUACCUGAAGGAAGCUGCACUUCAACUGGAACCAGGUGCAAUUUUGUAUCAUCAGCUUGGGUUGGCUCUUGUCCACACAAUGGUUAUAACACUGUAACAAAUCUGACUUGGAUUUCACUGCUGUUAUCACCACGCUGCAGGCUUGGGAGCGCAUGGCGGUAGUCGCUCCCAGCCACUGCAGCCUGCGCUCAAGGAGAACCCUCAUCAACUCUUAGCAAUACAGGUCCUGUGAUGGGUGGUCAAGCAGUUCUGAUUUCCUCCAGAAGAGAGCAGAGGUGACAGACCCACCGCCAGUAUGAAUCCCCUGCAUUCAAGCCGGAAACCAGCAAUACCCCAGAGAAGUUAAAACGAAGGUGGGCAUUUACCUCUCCUUUGUACCCGAGCCCCAGGUACAGGCAUGCAGCUUAGACCCAGCCUUACCUCCAUUGUCCCAAACAGACCUGCUGUGAUCUCGUUCUUUAUUACUGUAAAUUACUGACAUCAGAAAUGCUGAAUCCAGAAGCUGAGGCUAUGGGAAACCUGAUUGGUGUUAAAGAAAUGUUUGAUCCCACUUCAUCCCAGGCUCUCUGAUCUGCCGGCUAUCGCAUCCGAUCUCUGUCACAUAUUUCAAGGAUCAGUGGUUCACAGCUGGGUCUUGGAAGUCUGGGAACUGAGCGGGGACAUUAUACACUAACUAAUAUGCAGUAUUGUGUCUGAGUUUAAGGUGCCAUUUGAAAUUGAUUUUGUGCCUGCCACAUGGUCCCUGUAACAGUUUACUCAUGGGUCAGUUUCUUUCAUUUAAGGAUUUUGGAGGGUUUUUUAUUAUAGUUUUAAAAAGAAAAAAACUUCAUAAAAUAUACACUGACAAACAUUCACAAUGGAGAUGCUCUAGAUUGAACAGUAUUUAUAGAUCUUCUAUCUUUUUAAAAGGCAGAGGACUAUUCAGGGAACUACAUGUUGGCUGAAUUGUUCUCUGCUGUGGGAAAACGAAGUGAACAAUGUUUAAUUCUCUGUCUCCCUAGAAACAUAGUAUCAUGUAAAAAUGCAGACAGACUAGUUUAGUUUAUUAACUGGAGUGAUGGUAAUAUCUUCCACAGAGAGUUCUUUUUAAUGAGUAAAGAGUUUAAAAAAAACCAGAAAAACAAAAGCUUAAAAUAUUUACACAGCAGCCAGUAACAGUUCAGAGCUAUUUUGACAUUGCUUUUAAAAUGGCACACAUUGUGCAUUACAGAAUCCCUAGUGGAUAACUCCUACAGAGGCAUUUUCCAAAGCUGAAUAUCAGAGUUGUUCUGCUAUUUCCCUUUGCAAAAUGCCAGCAAAGAUUUGAUCACAUGAUGGAAAUGUCCCACAGAAAACACCACAAUCUGAUAGAUUAUCUCUGGGUUGGUUCAAAAAACCCAAAGGUAGGCUCAGAUUAUCUAUUACAUUCUAAAGAACCCUAUAAUUUCUAUCUCCCCCUGUUCUGUUUCUAGAGCUCAUUGUUGGUUUCAUCCCUACAAAACCAUACAGAAUUUUUCCCAUCAGGGAUAUUAAAGUAGAAUUACUAUGCCUUGAACUAGCUGCCGAUCAGUUUCAGCGCUGAUAUUCCCUGAAUGCAGAAAAAAAUUAUUUGUUUAUAACCAUGUAACUUACAAAUGUCAGUUUCACAUCCAUUCCUAUCCCUUUAGACAGUGAGGAUAAUCAUAACACGACUGAGAUAUUGCCAGGCCAGGGGACUGGAGAAAGCAUCUCCUGAUGGAGAAGGGAGGGCGCUGGAUUGAGAUUAAGGCUACGACUUUGCCAUGCCAAUUUUUAGUUAAUUCCAUGGUGGAGGUGUGGGGAAAAAAACCCAUAGUCAUGGAAAGGUCAUGGUUUAGUUGUGGGAGCAUUGAGAACGAGCCUGGCCCGCACUCACUCCAGAACAGCAGCUCCUGUCCCUUGGGGCAGGGACUGACUCCCCGUUCCGGGCCGUCGCAGGACUACUCAGGUUUGUGCAUCCACCUCUUCACGGAGGCAGACACACCAUAUUUGAGUGGCGGAGUGACCAUGUGGUCCACGUUGCAAUGCCCAGUGCGGGGAGGCAGGCCCACAGGAGCUGCCUCUACGGGGGUCAUGGACCUUAUUAAAUUCACGCCUACCAUGAACACUGUGAUAGGUAUAAAGAGAGACUAAUUUUGGAGGAUGCAGGACAUAUGCAUGGUUCUCUCUGGCUCUUCUCUCUGUCAGCCUAUGUCAGGGUCUCUCUGAAUUCUGGCCUGGGCUAUAAAUAGGCAUGCAUCCGGCGUGCAUCCUCCUGCUGCAAUACUAGCUCACCCUGUAGCAUCAGAGCAGAGCUAUGAUUACAGAUGCUGCUGAACGAUAUAGCUUAAUGUCCAGCUUCAGUCCAGCACAAAGAGCUCUUAUUAUUAUUGUUUUGUAAGCACCUGUAGGCGCCAUCUGCUAGGUGCUGUACCCAUAGUGAGAGACAGUCCCUGCCCCAAGAGCCAUCAAUCUACAUAGACAAAGGGGAAACAGAGAGGAAAAAUGACAGGGUCAAGGUCAUACGUCAAACCAGUAGCAGAGCCAGGGAUAGACAUCAGGUUUCCUGCGGCCCAGGCUGGUACCUUUCCCACUUUAAAUAUCACUGGACGCACUCCCCAUGGUGCUGCUUUCCAGCAGCCCUGCGCCUGCCCCUGCUUCGGGAGGCGGGAGCUUUGCCAUAUGCUGCAGCGGGUAGCCCAGAAUUCAGGCACAUUCCACACACAAUUAACUGCUCUGAAGACAGUGCCAUGGGCUCCUAUGAGGUGGAGCCAGCACCCCACUUGGGAGCAAAGGUUUCUAUU